AUGCACUCUAUGCGUGGCAUUGCGCCCUUACUCUCCCGGCGCUCCGUGUUACCUUUGUUACCCCUCCGUGUUUCUCGCCUGUCAACUCCCAAACUCGCAAAACCCUUCUCCUCAUUUUCACUCCUCACUCGCGCGCCAGCUAUGGACGCAAGCGUCAAGCAGCAUUACCUGGCUGACUCGCCUCCUACGGUGGUCAGACUGGAAAUUAAGACACACUUUGAUAAACUCAAAGAUCAAAACUUGAGGAAAUAUGCACACUUCAUGAGCAGGGCCGCAUUUGAAGGCACUCGAGUCACACUCCGUCAGGUCUCCCCCGAGUCCGAACCCAUUUACGACCUCAUCUUAUCACUCUAUCGUGCUUCCAAUGGCGACUGGACCAGCCUCGCUGAGAAAACCCAAGUCAGCUCUGAGGACCUCCGGUUUUUCCUUGAAUAUGCAGGUCAAUUCUUGGGCAACUGCGGAAACUACAAGGGCUUCGGCGACUCCAAGUUCAUCCCUCGCCUGUCCGCAUCGGCGUUUGAGGCUCUGGCUUCGGCCACUGAAGAGACGAAGGCCGCUUUCCAGAAGGCUAACACUACUGGAGGGGGUAUCUACGAAACCAGUCUACAGUCGAUGAUGCACCUCGGUUACCCUAAGGAUGGCCACAUGACAACCUACUAUCCCGACUCGCCGACGAUCUCGCAGGAUGAGAUCACGGCAAUUGGUGAUUUGAUGGAGAAGAAGGGACUUGCCUUGGAGAAUACCAGAAUCCGCAAGACUUCCUCCGGAGAUUUCGAGCUUCUAAUUGCAUCUGGUGUUUCCUCGCCCCCUGUAAGGGAUCGGGAUCUUGGUGAGGUGGACACAUUUGAGCUUGAGGGAGAUCUGAAAGGGAAGACGCUGCGUCUCGUCUUCGGUGAUCACCAAGAGGAGAUGGCCAAGAUCGCGCACAGUGUCAAGCAGGCAAGCCUCGUUGCUGCAAACGAUAACCAGAAGAAGAUGCUGGAAGCAUACGCUCUCUCAUUCGGAGCUGGCUCAAUUGAGGCUUUCAAGGAGAGCCAGCGCAUCUGGGUUAAGGAUCAGAAGCCUGUCCUGGAGACGAACCUGGGCUUUGUUGAGACAUACAGAGACCCCCAUGGUGUACGCGGAGAAUGGGAAGGCUUUGUGGCUUUGGUCAAUCUGGAGCGCACACGAGCAUUCGGCACGUUGGUCGACAGUGCCGAGAGCAUGAUCCCCAAGCUUCCCUGGGGCAAGGACUUUGAGAAAGACAAGUUCCUCAGCCCCGACUUCACAUCAUUGGAAGUGUUGAGUUUCGGUUGCUCAGGUCUCCCAGCUGGCAUUAACCUGCCCAACUAUGAUGAUAUUCGCCAAAACCUUGGCUUCAAGAAUGUGUCCUUGGGCAAUGUCCUAAGCGCCAAGGCUCCCAACGAGGCUAUCCCUUUCAUCGCUGAACGCGACCAGCAGGUAUACCGCGACUUCCGGGACCCAGCCUUCGAAGUGCAAGUUGGCAUUCACGAACUCCUCGGUCACGGGACCGGUAAGCUGUUGCAGGAGACAGCGCCAGGGGAGUAUAACUUUGACAUUAAGAACCCGCCCAUCAGCCCUGUGACAGACAAGCCCGUGUCAACCUGGUACAAGCCCGGCCAGACCUGGAGCUCGGUGUUUGGUUCCAUUGCUUCCUCGUAUGAGGAGUGCCGUGCCGAGUGCGUGGCCAUGGCCCUUGGCUGCGACUUUGGCAUCCUGAAGAUCUUCGGAUUUGGCGACGGCAAGGAAGACUUGGCCGGCGAGGCCGGCGAUGUCUUGUUCGCAGCAUACCUGUCCAUGGCUCGUGCCGGUCUUGUUGCCCUAGAGUUUUGGGACCCCAAGACCCAGAAAUGGGGCCAGGCACACAUGCAGGCUCGCUACAGUAUUCUGCGCACUUUCCUCGAUGCUGGUGACGACUUCGUCAAGUUGUCUUAUAGCAAGGAGGACCUCUCUGACUUGGAGAUUCAUCUUGAUCGCUCGAAGAUUCUUACCCACGGACGUCCCGCCGUGGAGAAGUAUCUCCAGAAAUUGCAUGUCUACAAGAGUACCGCCGAUAUUGUGGCUGGUAAGGGCUUGUAUGACGAUAUUACCUCUGUUGAUAGCUGGUGGGGAUCCACUGUUCGUGAUGUCGUUCUGAAGAACAAGGUCCCGCGUAAGGUGUUUGUACAGGCCAACACUAUUCUCGAGGGUGACGAGGUCAGCUUGAAGGAGUAUGAGCCUACUCUCGAGGGUUUGAUUCAGAGCUUUGCUGAGCGCAAUGUCUGA